GGAGACUAUACCCGCCUUGAAGAAGGGCUGCAGCGGAAGAGGCAGAGGAGACUAUAUCUGCCUGGAAGAAGGGCGGAGGCAAAGGGAACUAUACCUGCCUGGAAGAAGGGCUUGGGCGGAAGAGGCAGAGAGGACGAUACCUGCCUGGAAGAAGGACUGCUGCAGAAAAGGGAAAGGGGACGAUACCUGCCUGGAAGAAGGGCUGCUGCGGAAGAUGCAGAGGGGACGAUACCUUCCUGGAAGAAGGGUUUAAGUGUUUGAGGCAGAGAGGAUGACACCUGGCUGGAAGGAUAGCUGCAGCCUGGUUGGAUGGAAAAUCUCCAGAAGGACCCCAGUCAAGCUUCGGCGCCUUGGGCUGAAGCUUUCCAGGGUCCCUGCAGGCGGCUAGGAAGCGGACUUAGUGGAGGUAUUCAGUCGGAGUACAGGAGCUCUGUCAUCUUGCACUCUAAGCAAAUCUGAAAAAAUCCCUAUAGCAUAUCCAAGCAAGUACAAGUUUAAUAGUGAAUUACGAAAACAUAGCUAAAAAGAGAGAUCCCAUACAUGCUAGAAAAACCUAAUAUAAAAAUAAGUCCAUACACCUGUAAGAAGGAAGGUGGGGGAAAAAAACCCCCAAAAAUAAUUCUAAAGGGACACUGGACGCAUUUCGCGUCUAGCACAAACGUUUUUUGUAGCUUGUUAACCCCUUAAGGACCAAACUUCUGGAAUAAAAGGGAAUCAUGACAUGUCACAUGUCAUGUGUCCUUAAGGGGUUAAAGUGUCUGUCCAAACUGCCUUGCCUGUGCUGUCAAAGUUGGUGUUCUCUGUUGUGAUCAUUGCACUACUGUAUUCAAUGCUCUGAUGGUCCUUACCAAGAGUAGGGAUCCAGACAUUUAUGUGCACGUAUUAAAUUAGUUGUGGAGAGGAGAGGCCUCACUGUUCAGUGAGAUGUGCGUGUAAGCAGUGAGACGCUGUGUCCUAGUUAUGUUUCUCCUGUUGUUUAGGAUCAUGUGGUUGUGAAGAAAUCCAGUGACUGUGUGUUAGAAGGAUCUCACAGCACCGUGCCUCCACCUCGCUCACUGCUACAAAUGAGAAACAAUGAGCAGAAGAUCCUGGAAUUGACCAAUAAGAUCAUCCACCUGCUGACUGGAGAGGUGAGGCUGCUGGGAAUGGGACUUCAUGGAGUAAAACCAAGGGAUGUGUCUGGAUGGUGACUGUAUCACUGUGUGUUUGUAUAAGGUGUGAGGACGUCAUCAUCUUUGUUUCCCUGUAGGUUUGGCAGUAUUUAGAUGGACACAAGGAAUCUCACAGUGAUGUGAUAUUGGAGAACCGCCAGCCAGUCAGCUCACUGGGUAAGAGGAUUUAAUAAUAUGAAUUUCAUGGAAUAACUAAUAUUCUGAUGAUUACAUGUCGUCGUGUGUGUGCUCUCUGUGAUGUUGUUGGUGCUGGGUGUCUGUCCUGUGGAUACCUUGAUGAAUACGAAGUGUACAUGUGAGGGAUAGCUGUUGUGACUGACUUCCAAGAAGGUUUAGUUUUCAGACACUGUUUGUAUAAUUGAGCAUUACAUGGUUUAAAACAGAACUGUCCAUUGUUUGUCACACUGUUGAGAAAAAAUAUAAAUUGAAAUUUUCCUGUAAUAUGCCUUCCUUUCAGGUGAUGCUCAGUUUUCUUGUAAGAAUAAGUAACUGUCGUAACAAUUCAGGUCAGUCUUCAGACAGGGCACACAAUACACUGGGAGAGUAGAGAUGGGUUUCGUUUCAAAGGUUUGUGAUAUGAAAAGAGGUGGCGUCAUCAAUAGAUUGUUCGUUGCUCGUUUCCAUGGUGAUUUGCGCACUUUUCAGAGCACGACACUUGUUAUACAUAAACCCAUUAUAUUGGUUUCUCCGCCUUUCUCUCUGCUGACUGACAGGUGUAAAGACUGACUGUGAGCCAAGAUGGAGACAUCGAGAUCCAGAAUACAGGAAACUACAGCAAUAGGAUUUUCUACAUUAAAUUACAUUUUUACAAACAAGAUUCUGGUAAAUGUAGGGAUGAAGAAGUCCAUAAUAAUUUACAGUUUUAUUUAUUUGUACUUUUUGUGUUCACAGAGCAAAUGGGGUCAGGAAGAAAGAUGUCCUUAAAGGGACCAUCCAGGCAUUAGUACAAUUUAACUACAUUUGAUAGAUUUAGGGGUCAUUAACCCCUUAAGGACCAAACUUCUGGAAUAAAAGGGAAUCAUGACAUGUCAUGUGUCCUUAAGGGGUUAAAAUGCUAUAUUUUUUGCAUGUUCAAAUAUUUAUAGCUUUGGUACAAAAUAAUUUUUUCAUCAAGCUGCACAUAAGCCUCCUUAGCCACGCUCCCCCAUGCUAGAAGUGAGCUGCUUUUAAUUCACAACCUGGCUGCAGACAGUCAGAGAAACUACAAACCCGUAGUGAUAUCCUUACUAUACAUCUCCAUAGGUGUCCUGUCCUUCUAAUGCAGGUUGCUUUGUAGUUGAAAUUAUUCAGUACUGUCAGUGGCUGAAUUGUGUUUAAGUGUGUGACGGACCGCCUGGCACUCAGACCGAGUACCUCUGUCAAUCGCUGUUUCCUAGUACUUGCAAGUACCAUAAGCACCGCACUGGAGCACCAUAACCACCGUAACCCCCACGAACUGCCGCAGCUUGGUUGGGGUCUCGCUGUACUCCACCUACCCUGAACCCAAGACCAGGAUCCAGCUUCCAGUGGGUAGACCUCUCCUAGUCCAGGGAGUGAGGCAGGCUGCUCUUACAAGAGCAAUCGUUGUAAUCCAAGGCAGUAUAGUGAUUAUAGCAAUCCCCAGCGUGAAUAUAGCUCUCCAAACCCCCAAACAUGAGCCUAGACUUCAUGAAGGGUAAAACGAAUUUCAGUUUAAUGGUAGCCACAGCUGGCCUUUUAUGACAGUCUCCAUGCAAGGGGCACUCCCCCCUGGACCUGAGAGAUGACUACAGUAAAAACAUACACCAUUACAUUGGCUCUCAGGUCCAGGACACUGCCAUACAAAAUCAGAUAAUCCCUCCUCUGUGCCUGGGAGAUAAUUGGAUCAGGAACUGGACUAGUUCGUCACAAUAAGAAAGUCCUUUUUAUGGAGUGAGGGGGUGUGGCUGAAGAGACACGCUAAUGCUCCAGCAUUCUACAAUUUGUUUUUUUAACCCUCUGACUGGGUAUCCCGCAUUUCCGUAUGCAGCACUUACUGGUAUAAUUUUAAGCAUUCCGCGAUUCUCUCGCUUAUUUAUGUUUCUUUGCAGUGAUAGUUAUUUUCCCGUUCUCACUAACCCUGCUGGCAAAGAAAAAGAACAUUUUUUUUUUUUUUUUUUAACCAAAUUUGAGAAAAAUAUUACGCUGUCAGAGGGUUAAUGCAAAAAUUCAGCACAUGAAUGAGGCCAAAAGGUCAAAUGCAUUAAAGUUCUAUUGAUGCCACUUUAAGAAUGCGCAUAUGAUCUAUUAUUAUACAUUAGUUUGCAGAAAUACAUUUGCAACAUGUUAAGAAGUCCUAUAAGUCUUCAGAACAGCAUUUUAUAGUUAAUUACUGAAAUGAAUGUGCAAAACUGUUAAAUGUAAAAUGUCUGUAAAAUAUAAUGGCAGUAUUUAAAGGGACACUCCAAGCACCAAACGAACCUGUUGUGCAUUUAUAGGUUAUGGUCUAUUUAUGUUCCCUGUAAAUAUUUUCCUGCACAAGUUGGCUUGUUACUAACAAAAAUACUCACACUUCUAAUUCCACUCCCUCACUCAAAUACGUCAAAGGGACAGUAUGCUGCCUUGUGCCUGUUCAAAAUCUUGUACGGCAUAUGAUACCUGUUCAUUAUUUACCAGGGUUUGUGAUUUGCCUAUAUGGUAGGUAAACAUUCUAUUCUAUAUCUAAAGGACAAAAAUGUUAAUAUUUUCUUAUACAAUACCAACAGUAAUGAUUUGAUAUGGAGCAUUUAUGCUAAUCAUUGUUACAUUCAUUUCCAACAGAUUUGUCUAAAGUCAAGACGACUUCUAUAACAUUUCAAACUCGUAUUUCAUCACCAUCUAAUCUAAACAAAGAAAAAAGUAUAUCUGAAUGUAAUUCAUCUACAAUUUAUAAUUCAGGCUCAGAGAAUUGUGAGAGGGAUGUUUCUGACCCAUCAGGCCAUCUCGUCAAAGACAAUUUUACAGAUAUUGACAUUUAUACGUCAUCAGACCAUAUACAGACGGAAUAUCCAUCUACUCAUCUUAAAGAUGAUUUAUCAUCAUGUGAAGAAGGAAAUCUCACAGACACAGACAUGUACACACCCACGGAACACACACAGACAGAAUAUCUAUCUACUCAUAUUAAAGACGAGUCGUCAUCAUGUGAAGAAGGAAAUCUCACAGGCACUGACAUUUACACACCCACAACACAGACAGAAUAUCCAUCUACCCAAAUAAAGGAGGAACCAACUUCAUGUGAAGAAGAAAAUCUCAGAGACAUUUAUACACAGAUAAAAAAUACUCCAAAAGUAUAUACAUUUACUAUCAAUGAGGAAUUGACCUCAUAUGAAAAGGGGAAUCUCACAAAUAUUGACAUAUAUUCUCUCACGGAGCAUUCACAGACACAUAUUAACCAGGAAUCAUUGUCCAGCGAACAACUGAACAUCACAGAGGUGGAAUGUCAUAAAAUCACAGAACACACACCGUUACCUAUUGAUGUGUAUAACAGUACUUCAAAGGAUGAAAAUAGCAUUCUGUCUAUAAUUCAAGACAAUGAUGUUAAUGCAAAUUAUAAUAAUAAUUUAAUUUAUGCUGCACACUUGAGGACAGACAGCAUGUAUUACUGUCCUGAGGUUUGCUUUACUAGUAAUGUGGAUUUCAGGAAACAUCAAGUUGUUCAUAAAGGAAAGAAACUAUCUUGUUCUGAAUGUGGAAAAAAAUUCUCUUUUAAAUCGCAGUUGAGUAGACACCAGAUAAUUCACUCAGGGGAGAAACCCUAUUCGUGCAUUGACUGUGGGAAAUCCUUUGUUCAAAAAUGGAACCUUCUUCUACAUCAGAGAAGUCACACAGGUGAAAAGCCAUUUUCCUGCUCCGAAUGCAGGAAAUACUUCACUCAGAAGUCAAACCUCAUUAGACAUCAAAAAACUCACACGGGAGAGAAACCCUUCCAAUGCCUGGAGUGCGAUAGUCGUUUCAUUCACAGAUCUGAUCUUCUCAUACACCAGAGAGCUCACACUGGAGAAAAACCAUUUGCUUGCUCUGAAUGCGGUAAAUGUUUUUCUCAGAAGUCAGUCUUGGUUAAUCAUCAAAAGAUUCACACUGGUGAGAAGCCAUUUUCAUGUUCUGUGUGCAGGAAAGACUUCCUGCACAAAUCAGAUCUUAAGAUACAUCAGCGAAUUCAUACUGGAGAAAAACCGUUUGCUUGUUCUGUAUGUGGGAAACGUUUUAAGGUAAAGUCUCAACUUGUCUCGCAUCACAAAGUUCACAGAAUAGAGAAACCAUUCUCUAGCUCAGAAUGUGGUUAAUGUCAAACAGGGAUGUAGCGGAGCCCUAGUCCUAGCAGGGACUCUUCAAAGUACAAUCAGGCACAAGAAAAACACCAAAAGAAUAUCCCACCUCCUCCCCAGUAACUGGACGAUACACAUUUCUGGGAGUACAACUGAACUGAGGUUUAUUUGUUCACACAUAGCUUUUAUGCACAGACCCCUACAGGGGUUUUACAACACAAUAGGGGUUUCAAUCAGAGGGGUAACUAGAAACCACGGGGCCCCUGUGCGAAAAUUUCCCCCAUACAUCUACCUCUAAGCUCAUACUUCCCCAUCCCCCCCACACGUCCCCGAUUUCCCCCCCACACACAUACAGACAAACAGAUGCACAUGCAGACACAUACAUAGACAUGUAGAGAGACACACACGCACUAACAGACACACACAUACUCUCACACACACACACACAUUCAAACACACUCACAGACACACACAUACACUCACACAUUCAGACACACACAAAUUAUUAAUAUUAAAUGUCCACCCAGCCUCCCUGCCUGGAGAGCUGGCAUGGAUCUGCCCCUGGGGUCCAGUGGGGCUUCAGUGCGGCGGGCGGCUGAGUUCCUGUCAGAUGCAGUGAGGGAGCUGUGAUCUCUCUGCUCUGCUCCCUCACGCACCAUUUGCUGAUGCCGGGAGCCGG